GUAGAUAUAGCAAUAUGUAAUCGAUAUUAAAAAAUGGCGCUAGAUUUCGCGGCUACUUAUAAAAUCUUAGUUUUAGGCGACUCGAAUGUUGGUAAAACAUGUAUAGUGCAUCGUUUCUGUGAUGAAAGGUAUUAUGAUACAUACAUAUCGACCAUAGGUAUAGAUUUUAAGCAAAAAAUUGUAAACCUGGAUGGCGUCCCGAUUAAAUUACAAAUUUGGGAUACAGCCGGUCAGGAAAGGUUUCGAACCCUCACUACCGCCUAUUAUAGGGGCGCGAUGGGAAUUUUACUUUUAUAUGACGUCACUAACUUAGAAUCCUUCAAUCAUAUAACAUAUUGGCUCCAAAAUAUCGAAGAGAACGCUUCCCCUCAUGUAAUCACAGUAUUGGCUGGAAAUAAAUGUGAAUCAGCGGAUAGAAUUGUCGACGCUGAAAGUGGACAAAAGAUUGCGGAACAUUUCGAUUUAACUCAUUUUGAGGUUUCCUGCAAGGACAAUGUCAACAUUGAAGCGUCCUUCAUGACUCUAGCUAGGAAAAUUCGUGAGAAACGGGAACAAAAAGGAUAUGCUUUAAACGAACCAAUCAAAGAAGAUAAUUCUGAUCUUCUUAAACCCAAAACAGAGCUUCAAAUUCGUGCAUGUUCAGCAUGUUAAAUUAAAGACUGCAAUCACUGUCAAUAGUUUUCUAACGAGCUAUCAAAUAAGUAUGUGGUAACUGUAGCUUAAAAAGAUGUACGUAACACGACACGCUCAAAAACUGUUAAAUUGUUUAGGAUAUAAUAAAUGUUAUUGAAAUUGGGACUGCUUGACGCAAACUGUGCUUCAAACGUAAAAUGGCACGUUUCCAAAUUUUAUUCAAACAUUUUUGUUAGAAAAAUUUAGAAUGUAUCUAAUUACACUUAAUUAGAUUUUUAAGUGUUGGAUGUUUUCGGUCGAGAAAAAUAUCAUUCAUUGUUCGGAUUCUUCCAGAUAAUUAUCAAAUAUUUAUUUGAUAGCAUCAGUGCGAAUAGCAAUGCUCCCUAUUUACACCAACCUGCCGAUUGAUAAACUUUUUUGGUUUUUUAUUUAAGAUUCAGACAAAGCAAUAAUCUGCUGUUAUUUAAUUAGCUCUGGUAAUUUUUUUGAGAACAGUAGUUUAUUAGAAAGCGCACAAUGAAUGUUAAGUCACUAUUCCUGCGUAUAUUUUUCCUGGAAAAUUAAUCAACAAUUUUUUUGAAACGGACGAAAUACUCGAUUAAUUUUUUUAGUAAGACUGAUACUGCUUAACAUAAGAAAGCUAAACAUUAAUUGUUAAAACAUUCUGCACAAAUUGUUCCAGAAAUAUGAGUAUAUGAGUGAGUGGACCAAAAGUGUAAAAAAUAAGUUGAUUUUGAAAAAAAAAUGGAUAGUAAUACAGCUUUAAAAAUAAUCAGGAAGCUUUCAGUUUUAUUUUUUUUUAAUUAAUUAUUUUUGAUUUUACAGAAAGGGUAAAAAAUCCGAAAAAAUCACAUCCAAAGAGAAAAUAUAUAAGUACUCAGUGUGUUUGUUACGAGUUUGUUACAAACCCACCUUGUUAUAUUAUGUUAAAUGAUUCUGGAGCUUUUUGUGCAAGUUACUCGGUAAUAUGCAUAGUUGCGAAGUUUGUAGCUAUGAAAAUAUGCGUUAGUAGCUUCUACUCUUCGAUAUGCACAUUGCUGAAGCGAUUUUAAGUAGCAUGUUUCUUCUAGUUGAUCUCCAAAGUGCUUUAAAUACAAAUCACAAAAUUCUAUCGGUGCAUUAUGAGUUAGGCACAUCGAAUGUAUAAAAAUUAGUUACAAAUAUUGCUUGCUGGGACCAUACUGAAUUGCGCAAUUAGCAUUUAAAAAUAUUGUGAUACAAAUUCAUGUAUAGCAAGGGCAAUUAAUGUAUGAAAAUAAAUGUCAAAGCUACAA